AUGAGGGGUUUAGCAGUUUUUAUUUCUGACAUCCGAAACUGCAAAAGCAAAGAAAGUGAAAUCCGUCGCAUUAACAAGGAAUUGGCUAACAUAAGGUCAAAAUUCAGAGGUGACAAGACUCUGGAUGGUUAUCAGAAAAAGAAAUAUGUUUGUAAAUUACUUUUUAUAUUCCUUCUGGGACAUGACAUUGAUUUUGGUCAUACGGAGGCUGUUAACCUGCUCUGUUCUAAUCGGUACACUGAGAAACAAAUAGGAUACCUUUUCAUAUCAGUGCUUAUCAACGAGUCACACCCGCUAAUGAACCUUGUUAUUUCGCGCCUCAAGGAUGAUCUGAAUAGUCGGAACCCUGUGUUUAUGAAUCUUGCUCUGCAAUGUAUUGCUAAUAUUGGUAGUCGAGAAAUGGUUGAGAACUUUGCAGACAAAAUCCCUAAGCUACUUGUAUCGGGGGAUACGAUCGACUCAAUCAAGCAAAAUGCUGCAUUGUGUCUUCUGAAGUUGAUUAGAGUUGCUCCUGAACUUGUUACCUAUGAUGAUUGGACCAUUAGAGCCAUGCAUCUUCUUAACGAUCAACACCUGGGCGUUGUUACAUCGGCUGUUAGUCUGAUUGAUGCUCUGGUGAAAAGAAGUCCUGAAGAACACAAAGGUUGUAUAUCUCUUGCUGUUUCGCGGCUUAGCAGGUUGAUCACAUCUUCAUAUACUGAUCUGCAGGAUUAUACCUAUUACUUCGUUACGGCUCCUUGGUUAUCUGUAAAGUUGCUGCGCUUGCUGCAGAAUUACCCUCCACCAGAAGAUACUACUGUUCGGGCUAGGCUUGCCGAGUGUCUAGAUACUAUUCUGAAGAAGGUUCAAGAAGCCCCGAAGUCAAAGAAAGUACAGCAUCCUAAUGCUAAAAAUGCCGUUCUUUUUGAAGCGAUUAAUCUUAUAAUUCACAUGGACUGUGACCCAAAAUUACUUGUUCGUGCUUGUAAUCAAUUGGGACAGUUUUUACAGCACAAAGAAACUAAUUUGCGUUAUCUGGCUUUGGAAUCUUUGUGCUUGCUGGCUACCAGUGAAUUCAGUCACGAAGCCGUUAAGAAACAUCAAGAAACUAUUGUAAACGCAUUGAAAAGUGAACGGGAUGUUUCAGUUCGUCAAAGAGCCAUUGAUCUGUUAUACGCCAUGUGUGACCGAAGCAAUGCUCAGGCUAUUGUGGGCGAAAUGCUCAGCUAUUUAGAAGUAGCCGAUUAUGCGAUUCGAGAAGAGAUGGUGUUAAAAGUCGCUAUAUUAGCUGAGAAAUAUGCAACUGACUAUUCUUGGUAUGUAGAUACUAUAUUAAAUUUAAUAAGAGUUGCCGGGGAUUAUGUGAGUGAUGAAGUUUGGCACCGUGUCAUCCAGAUUGUCAUAAAUCGUGAAGAAGUUCAGGGAUAUGCUGCGAAAACAGUAUUCGAGGCACUUCAAGCUCCUGCUUGUCACGAAAAUAUGGUUAAAGUGGGGGGUUAUAUUCUGGGUGAAUUCGGUAAUCUUAUUGCAGGUGAUCCAAGAUCAGCGUCUAAAGUACAAUUCAGUUUGUUGCAUAGUAAAUUCCACCUGUGUACCUCAACUACACGUCAAUUAUUACUAUCCACUUACAUGAAAUUCAUCAAUUUAUUCCCUGAAAUCAAAUGUGAUAUACAAUCUGUACUGCAGAAUGAUAGUAAUUUACGCAGUUCCAAUGUGGAAAUCCAACAGAGAGCAACUGAAUACUUGACAUUGUCGCAAAUCGCUACUGAUGAUGUAUUGGCCACUGUAUUGGAAGAGAUGCCACCAUUUCCAGAACGACAGUCGAGAAUUCUGUCUAAACUUAAAGCUAAAGCUCCCAUUGGCGAUGGAAACAUAUCAAAAUCUGUUGCUUCAGGUGAAGGUUACACCCAGAAUUCAGCUGAAAUUAAUAAUGAGAGCAAUCACGUGAAUACGAAUGACAUAACGGGUGAAGCGGACUUACUGAAUUUUGGAAAUCUUGGUGCUGCAAGUAAUGAGGUCCGUUCAAAAUCGAAUGCACCUAAUCUACUGGUCGAUAUAAUGGGUAAUGGUACGAUAUCCCCAGAUAUUAACAAUUUACUUCAUGCAAGUGAUGAUCAAUAUAUGAAUCAUAAAGAAUUCAUAAAACACAAUGCCAUUCUAUACGAAAAUAAUCUUAUCCGUAUUGGUAUUCGAAUGGAAUGUCGUGGACAAUUUUGUCGUUUAGGAGUAUUUUAUGGGAAUAAAUCCACUCAUCCAUUCACGGUAUUCUGCUCUCAAGUAACGUGUCCAGAUGCAAUGGAUGUAAAUGAAUUUGUUAAAGCCAUUUCAAUUGAAUUACAACCAGGACCGGAUCGGAUAGAAGCAGGAACACAAGUUCAACAAGGAUUGAAUGUUGAAUGUUUACGUCCCUUUACAGAAGUAGUAAAACUUAGUGUGUCAUUCUUAUGUGAUGAUUCAAAACAGCACUAUGCACUUAUGCUUCCAAUCACUUUGAAUAAGUUCCUUCAACCUGCAGAAAUGGAUCAAGGAACAUUCUUUUCACGAUGGAAAUUAUUAUCUCAGCCUGGUCAAGAGUGUCAGAAAAUUAAUCCGGCACAUUUCCCAUUGGAAACAUCUUCAGUGAGAACUAUUACUAAAAACUUUGGAUUUAGCGUUUUGGAUGGAAUUGAUCCUAAUCCACAAAAUAUUGUUGGUGCAGGUAUUGUUAUUACCAGCGGUCAACAAGUUGGUGUGCUACUUCGAUUGGAACCUAACACACAAUCAAAGAUGUAUCGUAUAACAAUUCGCAGUACGAGAGAUAUAGUAUCAUCUCAUUUAGUGAAGCUUAUUGAACAAAUAAUUUGA